CAACUUGUUGCUGGUGGGCGGGCCGGAACGCCCAUAGGCGGCGAGCAGCGUGGCAGCACGGCGGCGGCGACAGUGGCUGCGGCGAGCUCGACCUACCACCACGUCAUGACGCACAUGCUCAGGUUCGACAUGAGUUUCCUCUCGCCGGAACGCUGACGACUACUCAAACAGAAGGGGGAGAGCCCGGGGCCGGAGCGGCGGCACGGCGAGAGCGAACCGCCCGAGAUGCCCCCGCCGGACACGCCGCCCGCCCCCAACGCGCCCCCAGACCCACCGCCCGCCGCCACCGCCGCCGCCACGGCUAACAGCACCGUCACUCAAACCCAAAAAACCUGUUCGGUUGUGGUGUCGUUAACUCCGGAGCGGCAGCGCGAGACAUGGGCCAAGAAAGCGGAGUUUCUACUGGCGGUCGUGGGGUUUGCCGUCGAUCUGGGCAACGUGUGGAGAUUCCCCUACAUCUGUUACCAGAAUGGUGGCGGUGCAUUUCUAAUUCCGUACUGCGUGAUGCUGUUGUUCGGCGGUCUGCCGCUCUUCUUCAUGGAGCUGGCCCUCGGUCAGUACCAUCGCUGCGGCUGCCUCACGCUCUGGAAGAGAAUAUGUCCAGCUCUCAAAGGUGUAGGAUAUGCGAUUUGCAUGAUCGACAUCUAUAUGGGAAUGUACUACAAUACGAUCAUCGGAUGGGCGGUCUACUACCUCAUCGCCUCGCUCGCGUCCAUCAACUCCGAGCUGCCGUGGACAAGCUGCAACAACCCAUGGAACACCCCACUCUGCACUCCAGUCACCAACCCCCAACAAAACCCCAAUGGUACCACGCCGGCUAAAGAGUUUUUUGAACGCAAUGUACUGGAGCAACAAAGGUCGAACGGUCUGGAUGACAUGGGCCCCAUCAAGCCGUCUCUCGCGUUAUGCGUCGUCGGAGUAUUCGUGCUGGUUUACUUCUCUUUGUGGAAAGGAGUCAGGAGUACUGGUAAGGUGGUGUGGGUGACUGCUCUCGCUCCUUACGUGGUACUGUUAAUUCUGCUGGCUAGAGGGGUCACUCUACCAGGCGCAACCGAGGGCAUCCGAUAUUAUCUCACUCCAGAAUGGCAUAAGUUGUUGAACUCCAAGGUAUGGAUAGAUGCGGCCUCGCAAAUCUUCUUCUCCCUAGGUCCCGGGUUUGGUACCCUGUUAGCGUUGUCCAGUUACAACAAAUUCAACAACAACUGCUACCGGGAUGCCCUCAUCACAUCUUCCAUCAACUGCCUCACGAGCUUCCUCGCAGGAUUCGUCAUAUUCUCCGUCUUAGGGUACAUGGCUCACGUGCAGAACAAGAGCAUAGAGGAGGUGGGCCUCGAGGGUCCUGGGCUCGUGUUCAUCGUGUACCCGGAGGCGAUUGCGACGAUGACGGGAUCCGUGUUCUGGGCCAUCAUAUUCUUCUUGAUGCUCAUCACGCUCGGCCUGGACAGCACUUUUGGAGGACUAGAAGCGGUCACAACUGCGCUGUGCGACGAAUACCCGAGGGUGCUGGGCCGACACAGGGAACUGUUCGUGGCGUUUCUGUGCCUCUUCAUUUACAUCUGCGCCCUGCCGACCACUACAUACGGUGGAGUAUACCUGGUGGACCUACUGAACGUGUACGGACCGGGGCUGGCGAUCCUGUUCGUGGUGUUCGCGGAGGCAGCCGGCGUGUGCUGGGUGUACGGCGUCGACCGGUUCUCGGAGGAUGUGCGCAGCAUGCUCGGACACACUCCCGGCUGGUUCUGGAGGGCGUGCUGGUCUUAUAUUAGCCCUGUGUUUCUGCUGGUACUGUUCGUGUUCUCGGUUCUGGCGCACGAGGAGAUGCUCGGCGGGGAGUACACAUACCCAUCCUGGUCGAUCACCGUCGGCUGGGUGAUGACCGGCACCACCGUCUCCUGCAUACCCCUCUACAUCUUGUAUAAGCUAUUAAUCACGCCUGGUAGCUUGAAAAACCGAAUAAGAACAAUCACACAACCCGAGGAGACCACGAUACCGCCGGUCGACCCGUCUCUUUGCAACCUGUGACCUGAUACGUGCACUGCUCCCACGCUAACCCAGCCACCUACUGUCGAGUGGUUGGUGUGAAAAAUUAUAUAUUAUAUACACAUAUUAUAUAGGUGAGCAAUAUUUGUCGAUAUUAUCGCAAUAUCGAUUUCAAGAAUUUUAUAAUCACAAUUUAAAUGUAAAAUAUAAUAUCGUCAUUGAAGAAUAUCGAUAAUUUUAUUACGAUAAUAUCGAAUUAUCGAUAAUAUACUUACGAUAAUAUCAAAUUAUCGAUAAUAUUGAACGAUAAUAUUGAUUUAUCGCUAAUAUUAUCACAAUAAUAUCUCAUUAUCGAUAAUAUUGUUAAGAUAAUAUCAAAAUAUUGAUAAUAUUGUCAAGAUAAUAUCGAAUUAUCGAUAAUAUUGACACGAUAAUAUCGAAUUAUCGAUAAUGUACUUACAAUAAUAUCGAAUUAUCGAUAAUAUUGUUCCGAUAAUAUCGGAUAAUAUCGAUAUUGAGCUAACGAUAUUUUUAUCGUCAUUUUGACAAUAUCACUUAUUAUUUUCAUAUAUAUUUGAUGAAUAUUAUAACUUUUAUUAUAUAAUGAUAUUAAUUAUUUCACGCUGCUUUAAUAAAUCAAUGUAAUUUUUUAUUUUCUUAUUGAAUAUUAAAAUAAAAUUAAAUAUAACAAAUUUAUAUAUUGUGCUGUAUUCGACUAAUUUUGAACUCUUUGCAUUUGAAGUAGGCAAAAGUAACUGUUUAUAUAUAAUGAAUAAUACUUAUAUAUUAUAUUAAUAUGCAUUUAAAAAUAAUCUUAGAGGUUUCAUAGCUGUUGUAAUGUAAAACAUAUAUGUACCUAUAGUGUUAACAAUAUUUCGUAAAGGAAUAACUUAUCAUUGUUAUAAUUUUGCCAAUAUUAGAAUUAGAAAUAAAACUAAUAAUAUUUAGAUCGUAAAAUAACUGUUAACUAUAUAUGUAGUCGGUAUUAUUAUUAUUAUAUACAACGAAAGUACUAUCAGUAGAUAAUUUAUAUAUUAAAAUAUAUAAAAAGUAGUUUCGAAAUAUGUAAUUGUGUACAUAUAACAAUAAUGCUGGUCGGACUAUAAAAAAAAUAUACAUGUGGCGGAUUGUUCCUUUUAUUAAACAAAUUUAAUUCAUUUCAAUGUUGAAGCAAAGCAAACCCCACGUAUGUGUAAGCUUAAUAAAAAAAAUAAAAAAAAAAACAUUUCUGUAUUCUCGGGCAAUGAAUACAGAAAUGUAAUAGCUUAAUACUAUGUAAAUAUAUAUUCAUCGGUGUUAAUAUAAAAUAAUAUAUAAACAUAUAUAAUAUCUUAUCGAUGCAUAUUUUCGGGAUCACAUACAUAGGUUUCAAGUCUAGUCAACGUCUAGUCGUGUGCAUUAUCUGUAAUGUACAUACCUUAUAGGAAUAAUUACAAAUAGUUAAGUAAUAUAUUUAACGUAAUAUUUAAAAUGGAGCUUCGUAGAUAUAUUUUGUUUAAUAUGAAACGAAUGAUCAAUACAUGCGAAAAUAACAAACCAUUCGUAUGAACAUCCAAAAAUACUGAAACCAACAUUUUCUGGUAUAUCUACAGAAUGGAUGUAAUUGUGAAAUUUCCUAGUGGUUGAUAGUAAACGUUUCAACGUGUAUUUUACGAUUUUGUUAAUUCGAUAUCGUUAUAUUGAUGUUGCUUACUUAAUCACAAAAAAAAACCUUAUUUCACAUAAUAUUAGAGUACUAAUUAAUGUAAAAUUUUAUAGGCGAGUAUAUAAAUUACAAAUGCAUACAUUACUAGAAAUAUAUAACCUAUAUGUGGCUGUUAUUUGUAUUGAUAUAGUAAUUGAAUAUAUAAUGUUUAAAUAGUAAAAUGUACUUCCAAACACGUAGUAUAUUGUAUGUCACUGUAGGUACUAACACGUCUCUGACAGGCUAAUCAUCUAGCUUAAGUACGAAUAACUAUUUUGUGAGCGAUGAUAACUAUUUUCUUCAACAGUGAUAAAUUCUCAUUUCCAUCAUUAUUUAAGUAAUGUAAUACAUGUAUUAAGACUAUAAAGUAUUAAAUUAAAGGUUUCAUCUGAAGUUACUACGUUAAAAUGGCAAAAAAUAAAAUCGGUCUGGCCACAAUGUUAAAAUCACGAUGAACUAGUUCUGAAGAAAUGUUUAGAAAAAGUCUACAAACAAUAUUUAACGCAUGCAUUUUAUAAUAUGCAGUUUAUAUAUAUUUAAAUUCAAUUCUAAAGCUUUGUUUUAAGAUCGAAUAGUUUUUUUUGUGACAAUUUGAACCCAGUUUUUCUUCAUUUUAUUACUGCGUAGAGCAAAAUUUUUAAUUCAUGAUAUUUAAAGUGUCUCUAUUAAAAUUAAAUAAAAUCGUAGUACUUCAAUACUAUUUUCACUGACGACAAAUAUGUUUUGUUUAAUUAAAAUCUAUAAUGGAGUAGGAUGUCUCAGGAAACUUUCUAUUCAGCUAAAUGCAUUCAAAAUAAUCAUAUAUCUAGCAUUUUAGAUUGUGUAUUAGACUAAGUGUUUUUAUAAAAAAAAAUAAAAAGUUUUAAAACCAUAGUUCAUAUACCCACAAAGUUAUAUUAAAUAUUAUAAAUUUACUUUUUGAAUUUUUUAACAAUUAUUUUUAGAUGUCAUUUUAUUUUUAAAUACAUAUUUGUCAUUUUUAAAUGUUAAUGGGUAAGUAGUGAAGUAAAUGUCGUUGCUGUGUAUGAAUAGAAUAUGUAUUGGACAUCAUAGUGUGUGUUUAAAAAAAAUAAACGGCAAAUGUGUAGACACGGCCUGUGGCAGCCAUUACAGGUCGCUC